CCUAAACCGGUACUUUACAACGCCCCGCUUCUUUACUCGCAAGCUCACACUCAGCCCUUCAGAGUUGCAGACAUGAGACCCCCAAGAGGCCGCGGUGGUGGUGGGUUUAGAGGAGGCAGGGGUGAUGGAGGAGGAAGAGGAAGAGGAGGCAGUAGAGGAGGUUUUAGUGGUGGAAGAGGUGGUAGCGCCAUGAGAGGCCGUGGUGGCGGCCGAGGUGGUGGCCGCGGUGGAGGACGUGGAGGUGGAAUGAGAGGUGGAAGCAGGGUUGUGGUUGAGCCACAUAGACACGAGGGAGUUUUCAUUGCUAAGGGUAAAGAAGACGCCCUUGUCACUAAGAACUUGGUUCCUGGUGUAGCUGUCUACAAUGAGAAGAGAGUCGCUGUUCAGAAUGAAGAUGGAACUAAAGUUGAAUACAGAGUUUGGAAUCCCUUCCGUUCAAAGUUGGCAGCUGCUGUUCUUGGUGGUGUUGAUAAUAUAUGGAUUAAACCGGGUGCUCGUGUUCUCUACCUUGGGGCUGCCUCUGGUACAACUGUCUCUCAUGUGUCUGAUAUUGUUGGCCCUGAGGGUGUGGUUUAUGCAGUUGAGUUUUCUCAUAGAAGUGGUAGAGACUUGGUCAACAUGGCAAAAAAGCGAACAAACGUUAUUCCUAUCAUUGAGGAUGCUAGACAUCCAGCUAAGUACCGGAUGUUGGUUGGCAUGGUGGAUGUUAUAUUUUCUGAUGUUGCUCAGCCCGAUCAGGCAAGAAUUUUAGCUCUGAAUGCAUCUUAUUUUCUCAAAGCUGGAGGUCAUUUUGUUAUUUCAAUCAAGGCCAAUUGCAUAGAUUCCACUGUUCCUGCUGAGGCUGUGUUCCAGAGUGAAGUGAAGAAGCUGCAACAGGAGCAGUUCAAACCUUCUGAGCAGGUGACAUUGGAGCCUUUUGAGCGAGACCAUGCUUGUGUGGUUGGUGGCUACAGAAUGCCAAAGAAACAGAAGGCUUAAAACUUGUUAAUUGUAAUGAAAACAAAGUUAUGUUGGACUCCAAAAUUUUCCUUUCAUCUUUAACUAGGCUAGAAAUUUUGUACUAUUUGCUUUCUUGGUUUUUAUUAUUUAUAUCGUUCUAUCUGGAACUGGAAGCUCAAUGUUUGUGUAACCUUUUUUGGUUGAUCCCA